UGCGCACACCAUUUAAUAUCUGUAUUCAACACCCCAUCGGCAAACUUUCUUUCUCCCGGCUCAAUAUGAGUUUAUCCAAUGCACGACCUCUUUCUGCACCAUUGGGUGAUCCUCCGAGCUUGAUCGACUAUCAGGAGGAAUGUCUACCGAGAAAGAUGGAAUCAAUUCAUUCUGUGAUUGGCAACAGUGAUGAUCGGACUAAUAAUCGAUUAAUCCAAUUCAUAAGGAGCAAGACAGUGAAGCAAUUGCCUCUAUCAGAGGCGUUGAUAGUACUUGAAACCACAAGUAUUUAUGAAGCCCGCUGUCAGAUGGCUGCUCAAAGAGUUGAUGUUCUUAUACUAACUAACUCAGAUGGGUUGCUCACUGGGGUAUUGACGAACAAGUUUUGUCUUGAAUUUAUAAUCACUCAAUCAUUUACCAAUUAA